UCAGCUUGUUCCAAACUAUCGUAUCACUCCAUUUAUUUUUUAGCAAGACUUAUGCAGCCUUUAACAGUUUAAGCCUUAUAUGAUAUUGUUUGUCAUGCUUUUUUUGGCUCACGACCGAAGCAGUUUGUUUUUUAUCUCGUUUUUGGUCGUUUAAUUAACGAGGAUUAAUGCGUCUGUCUGUGACAACAAUGAUACUGUGCAUCUGUUUAUGUGUACUGGGCCUACUAAGAGAUGUUUCUGCAGCCUCUGAGUUAAUUAUCUACAAGAAGGUGGGUGAUGAAGUUGUCCUCAAACCAGAUGUGUCUGGUGCCAUCCCAAGUAUCACGUGGAAACAUGGUGCUAACCUGGCCAUGCAGUGGGAUGGACCGGGAAACGAAAUCGAUGCUUAUCGUACAUUUAAAGUACGAGGUAAACUGAACAAUUCAACUGGAGAGAUGACUAUCACAAACCUGACUCUACAAGACACCGGCAAAUACACACCAGAGAUCAACAACAAAAUCUAUAGUUCGAUUGAACUGAUCGUCAUCGUUCCUGUCACUACACCCACCGUCUCUGAAUCCUGCAAUGAGAAAUAUACCACAUGUACUUUGACAUGUGAUGGGAACACCAACGGCACUGGAGAAGUCACCUACAGAUGGAAAUUGGACGAUUCAUUGAGCCCGAUGCCAUCUAAGACACACACUAUUACAGAGGAGAACAGCUCAAACAUUAAGAAGUUCAGCUGUGUCAUGCAGAAUAAAUUAAGCGAGGAGAGCAGCAAACCCAUCAACAAUCCUUUAAGCCUUGGUCCAGGUCCAACCCCAUCCCCAGGCCCAAAUCCUACCAUGCCUGCAGAAACUCUGAAAAUCAACACAGGGCUCACAGUGUUCGUCUCACUUCUGACAACUGUAGUGCUGCUGGGUAUCAUUCACAGAUGGAAAGCAGGGAUGUGGUUCUUCCAGAAAGCAUCCAUGCCGUGGGAAGCAGACUUUUGGAGGAAGGACAGUGAACGAAGAGAUCCUGUUGAAUCUAAUGGCACCACUGCUCAAUCAGAGAAGAGACAAAUAGAUGAUGAGGAAACACCGAUGAGAGAAGAGUAGAUGGAAAGACGAUCUGCAAGAUCCAGAGUGAUGCUGAGGUGUUUUAGGAAGUGCUCAUGUUGAGUGUGAUUUUACUACAAGCGUGUAUCCAAAUAAUACAAACAACAACACUUAAAAUCAAGACUAUUUUGCAGAAUAUUUAUUUUUCAAUGCAGUCUAACAUUAAUAACAAAGCAGAUAGUGACAUUGAAUUUUAUUUUAAUGUUACCUUUAAGUUUAGUGAUAUUUUAAAUUAAACUGAUCAAAAGUGGGUUUAAAGGUAUUUUGAGGAUCUUUCUGUUAAUGUGAAAACACUAAAUCAACAGAUGCAUUAAAAAUAUGUUUUUAAGACUAUGGUGCGGCUGCUGCUGCUGGUAUCCGUUCAUCUAGCUAUUACCAUCUUAAGUUAUGUAUGAAAACACUUUGUGCUAAAAGACACUAAGAAGGGAAAUAUUAAGCUAAAUGUUUUUUUAAAAGUGAAAUAAAAAGAGAAUAGCACGACAGUUCAGGUAUAGUUUAUAAGUCAAUAGUGCUGCAGUGAAUAAAAAGCACUGACAUAAAGAAUGAAGUGCCUUAAAGUUUAGACAAUGCAAGGAAACCCAUUAAAGUGAGCUUUCCUGUGACACACACCAUACCUGACACCAGCUGGCACCUCCAGCACAUUAAAGCAGAGGCUGGGGAGAUUGUGAGUGCUAUCUGAGGCAGGUCUGGUGUGGAUCCACGCAGCCUCUUUGUGGGGG